AUGCUCGAGCCGCAGCGCGUUCAUCGCGACGCCGACGGCGAUCUCCGCGACGCCGUGACCGCCCCCCUUCUCGCGCACCCACCGUCGCCGGCUGAGCCUUCGCCUGCGACCGUUGGUUCACCGGAGAUAACCGACGAGGAGAUCGACGCCGCAUCCGCCGCCUGCUGCCGCAUCUGCCUCGAGUCCGACUCUGAGCCUGGUGAUGAGCUAAUAUCUCCAUGUAUGUGCAAGGGGACACAGCAGUUCGUGCAUCGCUCCUGCCUUGACCACUGGAGGUCUGUUAAGGAAGGAACUGCCUUUUCACACUGCACAACAUGCAAGGCGCGAUUCCAUCUACGGGUUGAAUGUCUGGAGGAUGACAUUUGUCGUAGAAUGAAGUUCCGGUUGUUUGUUGCAAGAGAUGUUAUCUCUAUAUUCCUUAUUAUACAAGCUACCAUCGCAGCCAUAGGUGGUAUGGCAUAUUUUUUGGAUAAAGAUGGAAGCUUCAGAAACAAAUUUUCUGAUGAUUGGGAACGGUUUCUGUCAAAGCAUCCAGUGCCCUUUUACUACUGUGUUGGUGUGGUUGCGUUCUUUGUACUGGUUGGAUUUGUUGGGCUAAUAUUACACCUCUCCUCUUACAACAACAACGAUCCGUGCUUGGUUGGAUCCCGUGAUUGUUGCUUUGGGUGGGGUCUAGUGGACUUACCAGCUUCAAUGGAAGCCUGUUUUGCUUUCGCUGUCAUAUUUGUUAUUAUGUUGGCCAUCCUUGGAGUUGCAUAUGGGUUCUUUGCGGCAACUGUGGCCAUCCAGAGGAUCUGGCAGCGGCACUACCACAUACUUACCAAGAAGGAGCUGACAAGGGCAAGUUAA